AGGUUUAUUUUUUGUCUUAUGGAAUUUAAUUUUUCUUCGUUGGCACAAAAAAGAAAAUUUCUUUCUUGACGAACAAGCAUUCUGCACUUGGUCAAGCUCGCUGUCGGACGCCGUCCACUGUUGUCAGCCCUGCGUGGCUGUUCCUCUCUCAAGCAUUGAAGAAGGUUCGAACCCUAGGGCCUUGUCUUCUCCCAGAAUUCGUUGUUUCAAUGGACAUGGAAUGGUCUGAAUCGAGAUAUGAACCACAGGAUGGUAGAAAUGAUCAGGAGGAUCCAUUCAGGGAGCAAUAUGAUGAUUUGGAACAAGUGGGGACAGACAAGUCUAGCAGGCAUAGAAGCAAGGAUAGGAAGAAUAGCAGUCGAGAAGAAGAAAAGGAGCACAGAAGUAAAGACCAGGGAAAGCAAAAGAGAACUUUGAAGGAUGUUUCAAAAGAAAGAGAAAACGAUGCAAGAGAUCCAGAAAAUGAUAGAAUAGGCGGCCUGAAAAGGAAAAGAGAGGAUAGGGAUGAACGUGAAAAAGAUAGGAGUAAAGAUGGUAAAUUGAAGGAAAAGGACUAUGAUAGAGAGAAGUAUAGGGAUAAAGACCGUGAGAGUGGUAAAGAUAAGAAGGAAUUGGGUAAGGGUAAGGAACUUGAGAAGGAAAAGGAGAUGGAGAAGGAAACUGAUAGAGGGCGGGAGAAGGAAAGGGGAAAAGAGAAAGCUAGGGAUAGGGAUAGAGAAAAGGAAAAGGAAAGGGACAAGGCAAAGCAAAGGGAGCGAGAGAGGCAUAGAGGUCAAGAAAAGGAUGGGGAAGGUUACAGAGAUGGAGACAAAGAUAAGGGGAAGGGUAAGAUUAGAGACAGGGAAGGGGAAGCAGAUCAAGAUAAAGAAAGGUCAAGAGAUAGGGGAACCAGAAAGACUCUUGAAGAUGAUGAUUACAAAGUAGUCAUCCAUGACAAGAGAGAUGAGGAGGUUGGCAAGCAAGGGAAGGCAUCAAAUCUUGACAAGGGUGAUCACAAUGGUGAAGCCUCGGCACAUCCAUCAGCAACAGAACUUGAAAAACACAUUUUGAAGAUGAAAGAAGCAAGGUUAAGCAAACAAUCUGAAGGUGCUUCUGAGAUCCUAUCAUGGGUCAGUGGAAGCCGUAAGCUUGAAGAGAAAAAGAAUGCUGAAAAGGAGAAAGCAUUGCAGCUCUUAAAGAUUUUUGAGGAACAGGACAACAUUGCUCUAGAAGAAAGUGAAGAUGAGGGUGCUACCCAACACACUACUGAUAAUUUAGCUGGGGUUAAAGCUCUUCAUGCUCUUGACAAAGUAAUGCAGGGUGGUACUGUAGUUCUAACUAUCAAAGAUCACCACAUACUUGCUGAUGGUGACAUUAAUCAAGAUAUUGAUAUACUUGAGAAUGUGGAUAUUGGAGAACAAAAACGGCGGGAUGAGGCUUACAAGGCUGCGAAAAAGAAAACUAGCAUCUAUGAUAAUAAGUUUAAUGAUGUCCCCACUGCAGAGAAGAAAAUACUUCCACGAUAUGAUGAUCCAGCUGCUGAAGAGGGUUUAACAUUGGAUGAAAGGGGAGGAUUUUCUAGGGAAUCUGAGAAAAAGCUUGAAGAGCUCCAAAGAAGGUUAACAGGCGUCUCCACAGACUCCUUUGAAGAUCUAAAUUCAUCUGGAAAGGUAUCAUCGGAUUACCAUACUCAUGAAGAAACGCUUCAAUUUAAGAAGCCCAAGAAGAACAAAUCCCUGCGGAAGAAAGAGAAGCUAGACCUCAAGGCCCUUGAAGCUGAAGCUGUCUCUGCGGGAUUAGGUGUUGGUGAUCUUGGUUCUCGGAAUGAUGCCAAGAGGCAGGCCAUCAAGGAAGCGCAAGAGAGACUGGAGGCUGAAAAGAGAAACGAUGCUUGUCUGUCUGCAUAUGCUAAAGCAGAUGAAGCUUCCAAACUGUUGCGUCUAGAACAAACACUAAAUGUUAAAACUGAGGAAGACGAAACUCCAGUUUUUGCAGAUGAUGAUGAUCUUCAUAAAUCAUUAGAAAGAGCUAGAAGACUAGCUAUUAAAAAGAAAGAGGAAGAAGCAGCAUCUAGCCCCCAAGCUAUUGCAUUGCUUGCCUCCUCAAAUCCUGGUAAGGAGACAGUAGAUGAUCAAAAUCCUACUGCUGGCGAGAUAGAAAACAAGGUGGUCUUCACUGAGAUGGAAGAAUUCGUCUGGGGUCUUCAGAUUGACGAAGAGGCACGAAAACCAGAAAGUGAAGAUGUUUUCAAGCAUGAAGAUAAAGAAGCAAAUGCUCCCGAUGAAGCAAAGAAUGAUGAGACUGGCGGAUGGACUGAAGAUGAAGAAACUAGUGAAGAUGAAAAACCUGAUUCAGAAGACAAGGAGGAAAUUGUUCCCGAUGAAACUAUCCAUGAUGUUGCAGUGGGUAAAGGAUUGUCGGGUGCAUUAAAGCUUCUUAAAGAUCGAGGAACACUUAAAGAAACUGUUGAAUGGGGUGGCAGAAACAUGGACAAAAAGAAAAGCAAACUGGUUGGGAUCGUAGAUGAUGAAGAAUCAAAGGAUGCACAUAAUGAAAAAGAGAUCCGCAUUGAGAGGACAGAUGAGUUUGGGAGAAUUUUGACUCCUAAAGAAGCUUUUCGGUUGGUUUCUCAUAAAUUCCAUUGUAAAGGACCUGGCAAAAAGAAGCAAGAAAAGCGUAUGAAACAGUAUUAUGAAGAAUUGAAGAUGAAGGAGAUGAAGAGUUCAGAUACCCCGUUGUUGUCCGUGGAGAGAAUGAGGGAAUCUCAAGCUCGUCUGAAGACACCCUAUCUUGUUCUCAGCGGUCAUGUUAAACCAGGGCAAACUAGUGACCCAGAAAGCAGGUUUGCUACUGUUGAGAAGGAUCAUCCAGGGGGCUUGACACCAAUGCUUGGUGAUCGAAAGGUGGAACACUUUCUGGGAAUCAAAAGGAAAGCUGAGCCAUCAAAUUCAAAUGCACCCAAGAAACCAAAAUCUUGAGUCUUUCAUUCUCUGUCUAAGGAUCUAUAACCUAAUAUCCAUGGAAGCAGUGGGAGAGCCACAUGGUAUGAGAUGCUGAAAAUCCUCUGAGAAACUAUUUGAGGGCAUUUGUUUUUUACAACUCUCGCUUUGAAUAUGCAAUAGAAAGUAUCAAAGUGGUUUGGUCUUGCAAUAGGAAGUUGAGAUUCUGAGUUUUGGCCACUAGAUGCUAGAAGCAGAUGUAUAAUAAUAGGCAAAGUUUAAUAUAUGAUUUAAUUGUAUUUAAUCUUCCUUAUACUGUAUAUUAGUUGCAUUUUUCACCGUUUUGACUUGAUA